UCCAGACAACGGCUGGGGCUGGAAAGUGAAUAUGAGGCUGUCCUUUGACUGACAGAGCAGUCAGCGGAAUAUUUCAGCUCCACUGCCAGGACAGAUUCAGCGGGGGAGAUGAAAACCUCCUGGAAUUGUGUGUCGCGCUCUAUUCUCUCCAUCUCGUUGUGUGGACAUCCACGUCUCCACAUUUAAAUCUUUGCAGCAAGAGGUGUUAUCUCUAGGGCUGAGCCCAGCUUAAAAAGAAAAUUGCAAGGCUCUCAAUCUCCUCAUCAACCUCUGAUUAACUGAGAAAACAAGAACAGGACACACAGAAGGAUCAAGGAAAAAACUGUAAAAGGAAAUUUAGAGAGUCUUCCUUCAUAUUGGACUCAUUUUUUGAAAAUAAUGUCUGUUUUUGAGCUGGACCUCUUGUUGUGAACCCAAAGUCUGCAGUGGAUGCUUAUUGGUCUCAAAAAGAUUCACACCAACUGAAGCAGUGAUGCUCUAAUGUUGUUGGACUCGGACUGCCUUUGACUGGACUUUGCCUUCACUUGACACCUAUAAGCCCUUAUUCAUUUUUUUUGCAAAUAACCAGAUUUUCUCCCUGCUUUUGCACCUUUUUCUCCCUGGUGUUCAUGAGCUGGUCAGUCUCUUAAGUGGCUGGGCAGUGAUUUCUGACAGGAGCAGAGUGUAUUUGGAUCGACUCAAGGUAGUAGCGUCCUACAGACUGAACUGUCUCACCCUCUCCAGAGGAUCCUCAGGCUUCAGCCUCUCCACUUCUGGGAGUCUGCCUUACCUGAUUUAGCCAGAGGAGAGUUUUAAUUAGAGUAUCUCUGCAACUGGGUCGACAGGCCAGCAGCCAGUAUGCAGGUGUCAUUAGUGUGCACGGACCAUCGCGGGGGUGUGAGCCGCAACACAGAGGACCGGCUAAACCGUCAGAAUGCCAACAGCCCCAGCACGGGCACCCGCAGCAAGUUCAGAGCUGUGGCAAUGGUGGCUCGCAGUCUGGGACAGCUCUCUGUUCAGAGUGUGCCUUCGUCCAGUGAGCAAAGCAUGAAGACUGGCAUGAAAUAUAGAAACCUUGGAAAGUCGGGCCUGCGGGUGUCCUGCCUUGGAUUAGGAACAUGGGUGACGUUCGGCGGACAGAUAACGGAUGAGAUGGCAGAGCAGCUGAUGACUUUGGCCUAUGAGAAUGGCAUCAAUCUGUUUGACACAGCAGAGGUCUACGCUGCUGGGAAGGCAGAGGUGGUGCUGGGGAACAUCAUAAAGAAGAAAGGGUGGAGACGUUCCAGUCUAGUGAUAACAACGAAGAUCUUCUGGGGAGGAAAAGCAGAGACUGAGAGAGGGUUAUCUCGAAAACACAUUAUAGAAGGUUUAAAAGCCUCCCUGGAAAGACUGCAGUUAGAAUAUGUGGAUGUGGUUUUUGCUAACAGACCGGACCCCAAUACGCCUAUGGAAGAGACGGUGCGGGCAAUGACUCAUGUGAUAAACCAAGGCAUGGCCAUGUACUGGGGAACAUCCCGUUGGAGCCCUAUGGAGAUUAUGGAAGCGUACUCCGUGGCACGGCAGUUCAACCAGAUUCCUCCCAUCUGUGAGCAGGCUGAGUACCACAUGUUCCAGAGAGAGAAGGUGGAGGUACAGCUACCUGAGCUCUUCCAUAAGAUAGGUGUGGGGGCCAUGACAUGGUCACCACUGGCCUGUGGGAUCAUCUCAGGGAAAUACGACGGCAGGGUGCCUGCCUACUCUCGGGCCUCUCUGAAGGGUUACCAGUGGUUGAAGGACAAGAUCUUGAGCGAGGAGGGCCGGCGUCAGCAGGCGAAGUUGAAAGAGCUGCAGGCAAUCGCGGAGCGGCUGGGCUGCACUCUGCCCCAACUCGCCAUCGCGUGGUGCCUACGGAACGAGGGGGUGAGCUCUGUCCUUUUAGGUGCAUCCAACACCGACCAGCUGAUGGAGAAUAUAGGAGCAAUACAGGUUCUUCCAAAGUUGUCGUCCUCCAUCACACAUGAGGUGGACAGCAUCCUGGGGAACAAGCCGUACAGUAAAAAGGACUACCGCUCCUAACAUGUGGUACAGCCCCGCCCGGGAGGGCUGCACCUGGGCUGCAGCCGCAGCGCCCCACCUUUGCCCGAUCCUCUGUUUGCUUGAGCUUUUACUGAGUGAGACCCUGGCGCAUGAGUCUGGCCUCACCUCGGCCACCCAGGGCACCUCAUUUAGAGUUACAGGGAUAAGAUAAGAAAAGGGGGAAAAAAUAGUCACCUCCACAAGGAAAGGAAGGGAUUGAGAGGAAAGACUAAAGUAAAAGAGAGGUUAGGGAUAUGCGCUCAUAGUUAAAUCAGUUAUACAUUCAAUUCUGCUGAACGUAUUUUAAAACUGAAGAAAAAUAACUUUAAAAAAAAUAAAUGAAUUAAUAAAUAAAGCACAUGCUUGCUUGGCAGCCAGAUACUAUUUCUUUUUUUUUGGGCUUUUUUUUUAAUUUCUAAAAAAACUGAAUGCAUACAAAAAGGAAAGAUUAAGUUUAUACUGUAUGAAUAUAGAAGAACUACUCUGUUGCACAUGUACCAUAGCCAUGCAUUUGUUGUUUGGAAGUUCUGUUUACAAACACCUGUGUACUGUACAAUUCUGUCAAGGUCUCUCUGGAAUCAGCUGUUUGUUUGUGUCGUCUACAUUAUCAGUGUACGAGCCUUCUUGUGGGCUUAAACAAUCAGCACUUUAGUAUUGUCAGUAUAGCGGUUGGAGUUGUUUUUUUUUUUUUUUUUUUUAAGGAGGUGAGAGGAUGGGUAUUACUAUAAUCUUAUCACACAGUCAUUGCACUAUAGAUUUUCAUCGCCUCCCCAAGGCCAGAUCCGCUCUCUAUAAUCCUGUUCCCUGUCCCGCUUCUCUUUGAGGCACACCGUCUCCCCUCAUCUUCACGCUCCCCCCUCUCUAUCCUCGCUCCAGCCUGAUGCUAUGUCACUCCUACUGCCUCAGCCUGAACCCCCCCUCCCAAUACCCCCAACCCCAAUCCCCCACCCCCACCCCCCCACCUCUGGGUGCUGCAGUUUGACAGCAACAACAGAAGGGUGAAUGCCUGCCCUCUGCUGGAGAGGCUUGCCUCCUGUCUUCAAAUGUUUUUGGUGAAGCAUCCAGAGCCACGAGUGUAGGCCAGCGUGUCAGGGCACUUCCCCUUGCCAUCGGAGGGAUUUGUUACUUUUUCAUCCUUAGUAGUAGGAGCUACAUGUUUAAAUCAAGAUGUAGGGUUCAACCUCACUGUGCUACCCAGCCUCUUCUCUCUGAGGUGUUGCGCGAUGACUGGUCCUUCUCGGUGCAGGGUCAACAUCUCAUGGAAGAGUUCUCCUUGAUCAAAUUGCGUUCAAGUAUUUUGCCUUAUUUACAGUUGCAACAGACUGAGUGCGCCGUGGGCUUUUGGUGUAAGACAGCGGCACGGUGGCUGCCCCGGGCCGACCGGCCUCAGAUCCCUGGCAUAUAAUGGGAACACCGACUGGCUGAGGUGGUUCGGUACAUUUGGACGUUUGCUCCUACCCAGUGGGAGCAAAGUGGGGUUGUGCGCUCAGUGAGGAGGUCAGUGUCAGUAGCUCAGGGAACGAAGCAGGUGGUUUUAGGUGUAGAAGCUAACUGGGCAUGUGUUGGUGCACACAUGGACCGGAGGUUGUAUUUACUUGUAUGUCUUUAUUUUAAUGUGUGGACACUGGGGAGGACUUGUGUCCGCCCAGUGACAUUUCACGUGGCUUGAGCCAAAGAUAAUCCGCAUAUCUCUUUGACAACACAUUCAAGUGUGUCACUCUCACUUCCUGCAAGGAUAUAUGGAUCAUCCUGACGCAUGUGCUAUCCAGCUUGUUAUCUAGUUAUAGUAUGGACUUUAUUCCAUAUAUAUCUUCACUUGACCAUGCUGUUAUAAACGCUUAACAAGUACGUCCUUCAUAUACAGUAUGCGUAGUACAGCUGUAUGCUUUAGGUUCGGUAAGGUUCGUUUCAGGUGGUAGAUCUCAAAAAGUAUUGCUGCAUACUGAAGAAAAUUUGAUGCUGACCUAUAUCAAUAUUCAUUCUUUCUAUUUUUGGGUGCUCUCUUACUGUGAUUAAAGCACAAGUGGAUAGCAUGCAGUACAUCUUUCAAAAGCAUGGACCCUCUUCACCCAACCUGCCUAUGGGACAAGCAAGGUGAUGCUACUCAAGUUACUAACACAUGUAGAUAAGGAGGCUUUACUAACAGCUGAUGCACUAUUCGUUCUUAGCUAAACAAAUCGAGGUUAACAAAACUGUGGAGUCGGUGCAAACGGAGACGACAUGAGCAAGACGCGAAGGCUUCUCAGUCAAAGUGGAGGGGAUUGCUAGAGAAUCAAAAAUGAACGUCACUGUGUGGGAUUUGUGUGACUGAGGAAUACAGUGUGCUUUGUUACUCCUGCUGGUCAAAACUUUCUUGGUGAUUUUUAAUAACAGCAAAGAAGUCAUUUGUGUCAUCGGUGUAGAUCCUGUGUGUGUGCGCAUGGGUGGGUGUAUGGAAGGGGGAGGGAGGGGGGGACAAAUAAAACGAUCCCUUGCUUUAGCCUGUUGCAUUAUUUGAUUCCCGUGUAGAUUUUAUUUGCUGUGUCUUGUACGUCUGAGUGAAUUAAAGUGGCAUACGCCAGUGUUUUCUCAGAUUUUAAAAGAAAAAAAAAUUCACAGAGCAUUUAGUUCAUUAGUCUGUGAAGAGUUCCUGUGUCUUAAUAAUUUUAUCAACAGGAAAUGGAGGUGGGAAUGAAGUACUUUUUUUGUUUGUUUGUUUGUUUGUUUUAGAAACAUCUAAGAACUCCAAAAAGAGCCGGGAGCUAAAUCUUUUGACACUUUAAUGGUAUUUUUGUGCAUUUUGUCAAACCAUCAAUUGUAUUUCACACCCUGGUGCACAGGGCUCAGCGCUGACCUGCCUAAAAGAGAUCCAGCGGUGUGAAACUCAUCCCCCGGGUAGUGCUGUAAAAGGUUUACGCACAUUGUAGAAAUAAGUGUUAACGCUCAAGAGCUUCAUGGAAAGGCUGAAGUCGAGUUAUCUGGUGCUCUCACCUGCCUAGGAGGAAUGUUUUGGGGGAAUUUGUGUUUUCAGAAGUCCUAGUUUCAGUGAAAUUACUGCUUUAAAGUGAUAUGAAUGACCAGAAAUGAAAAAAGACCCACAUAUAGAUCUAGCUUAUUUCACAGAAGGUCCUAGGUUAUACAGAGAAUAUAUUUUUAUGUUUGAGCCUUUACUGUUGUAGAGAGAAAGGGAAAAAAAAAGGUUUUAUUUUUUUCACCAUGCUGCAUUUUCCUUUUGUUAAUAUUGUAUCAAUGUUAAGACUGACAAAAGAAGCAAUUUCUUUGUGUUGUGUAUGCAUUGUGAGGAAUGCUCUGAAUCGAACACAAUGGUGGACUAAAUUCACUCUGUGAAAAAAAUGCCCUAUAGUGAGAGUCUGAUUAACUCCUGUUCUGUACAUAGAUCGACCUUUGUAUAUAUUUCUGGUUGUGAUCACCUCUGCCUUUUCUCUUUUCUUUUUUAAAUCUUCAUUUGCAGGCAUUGCUAACUGCACUGUGCUUGAAUCUGAAUUUAGACAGGAUGUACAGCUUCGAUCUUAAAUGAAAAUGAAAUGACAAUGAAAAAAAUAAUAAGAAUGGUAAAUAACA